CCGAACCGCUGCAGCUGAGCUCGGCUGCUUCCUUCGCAUAAAGAGGCUCCUUGUUCCUCCCAGAGACGGAACCAGCAGCGUCCAGGAGCCGCUGAGGACACAGAGACAGAGGGACAGACAGGGAUCCCGCUCGAUUUGCCACAUCAUCAUGUCUAUUAUUAAGCAAGAUGUUCCUGCUCAUCAUUUUAUCCUCAACCUAAAAGAGAUUUCUGUUCUGGACCAGAGGGAAACCGCAUAUCUAAAACCCAAUGGGAGAGCAGAGGAACCAGAACUUAAACAAGUACAAGAAGAAGAGUUUGGAUCAGAACCUCUGCAGAUUGUGAAGAGAGAAGAUCAUAUGGUGCUGAAGCAAGAUAACCUAAUGGGAACAGUUUCUGGAUCUCUUGAAAUAAAAGAAGAACCAGAGGAACUAGAACUGAAACAAAUAAAAGAAGAUGAUUGUCAUUCAGAAUCUCAGCAGAUGGUAAAGAUUGAGGAUGAAGGCAUCAGUCUGGAUGAAAACCAGGAUGCACUCAAGCAGGAGACUGAUACAUUAAUGGGAACACAUUCUGGAUCACUUAUAAUCAAAGAGGAACCAGUAGAAUUGGAACCUAAACGUGUGACAGAAGAGGAGCAUGGAUCAGGACCUCAGCAGAUGUCAAACAUAGAGGCUAGAGGCAUCAGUCAGAAUGAACACCAGAAUGCUCUGAAGCAGGAGACAGAUCCCUUAAUUCUAACAGCUUUUUAUGAUGAAACAAACCAUCAACAACCUGAACUAUGUGGAAACCAGAUCAUCUUUCAGAACUUCCCUAAAACAGAGCAUCACCAUGAAAUGCAGAACUAUGAAACCUCAGGAUCCAGCAGAGAUGAACGGCAACAGAAGAGAGCUCAGAAAAUCAGAGGUCAAAGUCACAAUGUAGAGAAAGGGAAGGACAAGAAAAUUCACAAAGGUAAAAAAUGUAAACAGUGUGAAGUGUGUAGGAAGAGGUUCUGUUUCGGUAGUGAUUUAACAGCUCACAUGAGAACUCACACAGGUGAAAAGCCUUUCUCAUGUGUAACCUGUGGGAAGAGUUUUAGUCAACAAAGCUACCUAUCGAUUCACCUGCGAGCUCACACAGGAGAGAAGCCUUUCUCAUGUAUAACCUGUGGGAAAACAUUCAGUCAAAAAAGUAACUUAUCUACUCACCUGAGAGCUCAUAAAGGAGAGAAGCCAUUCUCAUGUGUAACCUGUGGAAAGAGCUUUAGUCGAAGAAGUAGCUUAUCCACUCACCUGAGAUCUCAUACAGGAGAGAAGCCUUUCUCAUGUGUAACCUGUGGAAAGAGCUUUAGUCGAAGAAGUAACUUAUCUACUCACCUGAGAUCUCAUACAGGAGAGAAGCCUUUCUCAUGUAUAACCUGUGGUAAAGGUUUCAAUCAAAACAGUAAUUUAAAUAGCCACAUGAAAAUUCAUACAGGAGAGAAGCCUUUCCUUUGUGUUACCUGUGGAAAGUCUUUCAGGCGUAACAAUCAGUUGACUUACCACAUGAGGAUACACACAAAGGAAAAACCAUUUUAUUGCAUUACCUGUGGAACAGCUUUCAGCCGAAGAAGUCAUUUGAAUAGCCACAUAAGAAGACACACGGAUAAGAAGCCUUUCUCAUGUAUAACUUGUGGAAAAGUUUUUAUUUAUAAAAUUAGUUUGACUAAACAUGUUAGAACUCACACAAAAUAGAAACCUUUCCCAUGUCGUACUUCUGGUAAAGGUGUCUGUAGCUGUAAUUUCUCCUCUGUAAUUUGUGCUAAAAGUUUGAUUAAAAGCAGCAGUUUAAAAUACCUCAUUAGAACUCCACACAAGUAAGAGAUUUUCAUUGUUACGAAUGUUGUCGCUAUGAAUUCAGUUACAAAUAAAUCAGAAUCCUUUUUAUUGUCAUUGUGUAAAAAAUGCACAACGAAAUUCAAAAAUAGCAACUCUCGAAGUUGGUGAAAACAAUCAAAUAAAUAAAUGAAUAAAUCAGGAUUUACAUGAAUUUGCAGUGUUCAGGGCAACAACAGCUCUUGGGUAGAAACUGUUUUUCAGUCUGUUUGUUUUUGACUUUCUUGCCCUGAAACACCUCCCUGAGGGUAAAAGUUCAAAGAGGCGGUGGCCGGGCUGUGAGGAGUCCCUGAUGAUGCUGCCGGCUCUGCGGAGGCAGCAGGUCCUGUAGAUCUCCUCCAAAGAUGGAAGCGGGCAGCCAAUCAGUAUCUGGGCAGUGUUUAUGACCCUCUGGAGCUGCUUCCUCUCUGCCACAGUGCAGCUGGAGAACCACAAUGAGAUGCCAUGACACAACACCGACUCCACAGAGCAGCGAUAGAAGGACACCAGCAGCUUAGUUCUCAGGUUGUUCUUCCUGAGAAUCCUCAGGAAGUACAGUCUGUGCUGUGCCUUCUUUAGGCACAGCAGACAGUAAUAGGUUCUCUUAUUGAUGUUAGAGGCCUUUGGUUUAGGGAAAACUAUGAUUUCAUGAAUGGAAGUUUUUAAUAAUUCAUCUAGUUAAUCCUCGAGAUCUGUGCUCUCAUUCUCGGACCUUCUGCUGCUCUCAUCUUGUUCAGACCUGGCAUUUACAUGUCCUGGCAAAUUUAGUCUAAGCUUUUGGCAUGACACACCUGGCAUAGAUAAUUAUAAUAUCAAUAGCUAUAUAUGAUAAUGACACACUGACGUCACAAUAUGGACUCUGUCCAGUAAGAAAAAGCAGGUCUACUGACAAAUGAAGUAGACCUGUCAAGAUGGCAGCAUGAAAAACAUGAUUCACAUAAGUCUCAUUUACUACUAUUUUGUAUAACAAUCUGAGUCUGAGGUUAUUAGUAUAGCAACGUUCGUCCUCUAAUUCAAAGUUCUUUACUGGAAAUCAAAGAAACAGAUCAAAACAUUUGAAACACAACAUACACAUCAAAAACAGGUAGUAUUACAUUGGACAUUUUGAAAUUAAAAGCUGAGAAAGCUGCAGUGAUCCAUAACAGACCUGAUUUAAUGGAGUUUCUGUUCAUCUCAGAUCUUUAGGGAGUUGCUUCCAGAGCUUAGGAGUGUAAAAAUUAAAUGCUACCUCCCUGUUUUUAGUUCUGGUCCUUUGGAACAUUGUGUAGUUACCACUGCAACUGUCUAACCUACUGAAAAUAAAAGCAUACAUAGGUAUUUUUCUGCCA